GUGUGCACAUGAACGUGCUCAAAAUCGAUCCUGAGUUUAGACAGAGAGGCACGUUUUUCGACAGUCUGCAUUCAGAAUAAUCUUUCUUGUCGGACUUGUAAGCGCAUAGCCUACCCGAGUAAAGGAAAGUUACAGUCUGCUGGCUGUCCUCGCCAUGACUUCCGAGACAGUGAGCUUGGCCUCAGAGAUGUCUGUGAAAAUGUCGGAUGAGGGAAAUAUUCGUAAACCGAAGGCUGUUUGUGGAGCCCUCCUCUCACCUGAACUUCACCUGCAGGUCAAAAAACUGGUAGAUGUUCCUAGUGAGGCCCGGAUUCAUGAGCAUCAAGUAGAUGCCCUGGGUGAGACUGAGGCAAAAAAGCCAAUCUGUCAAGCAAGGCUUGAGAGAGCCAAUGCAGGAUCUCAUGCCGCCUGGUGGGAUUUCUACUUUGGGAGAUAUGAAGCUUUCUUUGCGCAGGUUGCCUCUGUAACCCCCAAGCUUGAUUAUCUGGAUUGCGACUCAGACAGUCAGUCUGAUGAAGAAGAUGUGAUACAGAGAGACUUGCUGGCUUUGAAGAUGGAUUCUCUUAAUGGAAAAGUAAUAUUUCCUGGGCCACUUGUGAGAGGUGUGACGGAUCAUAGAGCAGUAUACCACUACAUUCUGACUGAGUGGCAGCGGUGUAUCAAUGAUGAAUCCAUUGAAGACAAAGCAGGAGUUGACAUGGUCUGGCGUAUGCUGGCUAUGAUGUGGAGAAAGAAUGGCAUGGUGUCUGGCAAGGACCUGGCCAUCCAACUGCUGCAGCAACUGCAUGGAACUAGAGCUCCAGAUAGUCAUGGUCAAGACCUUGUGGAAUUGCUCAUUCUGAACAAGAAAGAGGAAGCUCUAAACCUUGCCAUUAAAAAUGAAUACUGGGAGCAUGCAUUGAUACUGGACAGCUUUUUUAGGAAAGCAUCAUGUGUCCCAUCCAUAACUAGGUUCAUCAGCAGUCUGGAUGAUUCUGACCCAAUGAAGACAUACUACCAUGUCUUUCUAAGACAAAUUCCAGGAGUUGUUUCUAAAUGUGGGGACAUGAGCUGGAGAGAGUGGUGCCCCCAUCUGGCCAUCAUCUUGGCCAAUUCCAUCUGCCCUCAACUCCAGAAUGUGAUGGUCAACAUGCUGGCUGAUACUCUUGCAAGGAAUGGGCACAUGUGGUCUGCUCAUUUCUGUUAUAUGGCCAUGCGCAUAGAGCCUAGUUACUAUCAUCGGGACUCUAAGCUGACACUGAUUGGACAGGAUUUCAGCAUGCCAUUGAAGGAGUUUGCAUGUGAUGCUGCAAUACAACGGACUGAGGCAUAUGAGUACCUUUUGUCUUUCAACACAGGGAAUCAAUGUUUACGUUUCCAGACUAUGAAGAUCCUCUACAGCUGUAGACUGCUCGGGGCAGGACACUUCGCUGAGGCCCUUAAAUAUGCGGAGGCUGUCGCAACGGUCUUUUUAGCUCAUUCAGUUAGACCAUGCCCAGCUAUGACCAGACUUCUGAAGCUAUGUGACGCACUAUGUGUGGCACUGCCUAUCCAGUUCCCAUGCUGGAUAGAGCCUCCCUGGAUGGCCACACUGAGGAGGCAGGGUAAUGACUCAACCCAUGAGGACCUCAGUGAGCCUGACCAUGGUUCAGAACAGCCCCAUCAAGUGGUGCCACUGGACAAUGAGACUCAAGUCUCCGCUCAGGACGGCGAGAUGGAAAUGUCCAGACCAGAAUCCUCCGCUCAUCUCCAGGACGUCUCUGAGGCCCAGUGUGUAGCAUUAACUUCUGCGCAGGAGGCCAUGCCUUUGCAUGUGGAGAAUGAGGAGAGUGGUCGCCACUCCCCUGUGGACAUGGGGGAGGGUGAUGAGCACUGCCUCUCAGAGGACUCUGGCCCGGCAUCCAGGUCUCGCAUGAAGCGGUUUUGGAUCCGCUGUUUUGGAUGGUGUGGCAAAGCACAGGACUAAUGCUGCAGCUCUCCAUCAAUUUAUGAGCAAUUCUUAUGCAAUUCUUUUGCAUUCUAUUUUUUGCAAUAUUUUGAAUAAAUAACAAC